CUCUCCUGCAAAUUUCACCUCCAGGAAAAUUAAAAAAGAAAAAUAAAAUUCGGACUCCACCAUGGAUUAGCAAUUCGAUCAGAAAUUCACCCCAAAAGAAAAAAGAAAGAAAAAAGAAAAGAGCAGGGCAUGGCUGAAACUGCAUCUUCAUCUGCCUCUCCGAAUCCCAUGAUGAUGGACCCAUCAUCAUCAACAGCGACACCGCCAUCGUCAUCGGCGACGACAAAUAUUAACCCAACACCAACACCACCACCUCCGACAGCAUCGGCGACGACUACGUUAACACAAACUCCCUCAACUACUUCCUCAAUUCUACCUCAAAGUAACAACCCUUCUCCUCAAAUCCCUCCUCCUUCACCUUCCAUUGACCCUUCACUGCAAAACCCGCAGCAAAAUUUACAACAGCAACAGCACCAGCACCAGCACCAACAGCAAAUCUCGCAAAUUUCGUCUCCACCUCUCCCUCCUCUUUCCCAACAACAACAGCAACAACAACAACAACUUUUACAACAGCAGCAAACGCAACAAAAUGUUGCAGCUUUAUCCAAUUUCCAAAUCCAACAAACCCUUCAGAGAUCCCCAUCUUUUUCACGCCUUAACCCACUCCAACAACAACAGCAGCAGCAAAGCCACCAGCAGCAGCAACAACAGCAACAGUCUCAGUACGGCACCGUUUUAAGACAACAAGCAGGGUUAUAUGGGCAAAUGAAUUUUGGUGGGUCAGCUUCAAUUCAAGCUAACCAGCAACAGAACCAGCAGAUUCAACAGAUAAGCAAUCCCAAUUUACCAAGGUCAGCUUUGAUUGGGCAAAGUGGUCAUUUGCCUAUGCUCAGUGGUGCAGCUGCAGCUGCUGCUGCUCAGUUGAGUUUGCAGCCUCAGCUUUUAGCUUCGCCGAGGCAGAAGGCUGGCUUGGUGCAAGGGUCUCAGUUUCAUCCAGGAAACCCCACUGGGCAAUCUUUGCAAGGGAUGCAGGCAAUGGGGAUGAUGAAUUUGAGCUCACAACUGAGGGCUAAUGGAAAUCUUUAUGCUCAACAUCGGAUAAAUCAGGGACAGAUGAGGCAGCAAUUAUCACAACAAACUCAACUCACAUCUCCUCAGGUUCAAAGCUUACCAAGAACAUCUUCCCAGGCAUUUAUAAACCCUCAGUUAUCUGGGCUGGCUCAGAGUGGACAACCGGGUAUGAUGCAGAACUCUCUCUUGCAGCAACAGUGGUUGAAGCAAAUGCCAUCAAUAUCUGGUCCAGGCUCACCUUCAUUCCGCCUUCAGCGGCAGUCACAGGUCCUCUUGCCGCAGCAACUGGCUUCGUCUUCUCCUCAGUUGCACCAAAAUUCUAUGGCCUUGAACUCUCAACAAUUGUCUCAGUUGGUACAACAGCAGUCACAGAUGGGACAUUCUCAAAUGCAGCAACCACAGCAACAUCAGCAGCAGCAACAACAACAACAACAACAGCAACAGCAGCAGCAUCAGCUACAACAACAACCUCUGCAACAAUUACAACCACAACAGCCACCGUUGCAUCAGCCUCAACAGCAGCAGUCUCCAAGGAUGCCCGGACCUGCAGGCCAGAAAUCUCUGAGUUUGACAGGAUCACAGCCUGAUGCAACUGCAUCUGGUACAACCACACCUGGGGGAAGUUCGAGCCAAGGAACUGAGGCAACCAAUCAACUUCUUGGAAAGAGAAAGAUACAGGAUCUGGUUUCACAGGUUGAUUCGCAAGGCAAGCUGGAACCAGAAGUUGAAGAUCUACUUCUGGAGAUUGCUGAUGACUUCAUAGACUCUGUGACUACAUUUGCAUGCAGUUUGGCAAAGCAUCGGAAAUCAUCAACAUUAGAGUCCAAAGAUCUCUUGCUACACUUAGAGAAAAACUGGCAUUUGACUAUUCCAGGAUUUUCAAGUGAAGAGCGGAACCAAACAAGACCUUUAUCAAGUGACCUCCACAAGCAGCGUCUUGAUAUGAUCCGGGCACUGAUGGAAUCAUCACAGCCUGAAACAACUGCAAAUAAUCCUAAAGAAAUGAUACGACAAGGGCUUGGCAACCCAGUUGGUGCAAACCAUUUAAUGAGACCUUCACCAAGUUCUGAGCAGUUGGUAUCACAAGCAGCUGGUUCACAAAUGCUCCAGCAAAUAACUCGGUUAUGGUAACUGAAGCUUAAGUUGUAGUAGAUUGACAAAAGCAAAAGCUGUAAUUAUUUGGUAAGUAUCAGAGGCAUGGAUCAACUUGUGGAAAAGAUCACACCAUUUGACCAUCUAAUUUAUCAUUUUCUAUUCAUGAUUUAUGAGGUGAGCAAGACUAUAUCGAUGGGAGCCAUAAGGAGAGUUUGUUCCCCAGUCUAAGCUUUUCUGCCUUGGGUGGCAUCAUAGAGCUUGGAUGGGUGCGCGUUGUAUUCUUCUUUAUUAUUUAUUUGAAAAUUAUAUUUUUCCCUGAUUUUACUUGUUGCCCCAUUUGAUUUCUAGAUACUAUAAACUACUAGGCUGUCUAAGCACGUUGUUUCAGUGAUUGAUUUGUUAGGUUAAAUUCUUUUCAUUGAAUGGUCCAUUCUUGCAACA